AAUGGAAACAACACCAGUAUCAAAAGGUUACAAAUGCCUUCCUUUUAGUAUACAUUUAAAACUAUUUUGAAAAUGGCAACUGCUAGUCUGUAAACUAGUAUCAAUUCAAAACUCUGAAUUAUUUUCUCUCUUUUUUAAUUUAUUUUAUUUUAUGUAUUUAUUUUAACCAGCAUAUCAUGAGGUGUGUGUUGUGAUAAAUGAAUCUAUCACAGGAGUGAACAAAGAAGGAGUCAACAUGGCUGCAGACAGCAGAGGAGAGAGGCUGCUGAUGCUGGUCUACCUGCUCUGCUGCGUCCCUGCAGCUGAUACCUGUCUGCAAUGUGAGCGCAUCAUCAGGGUCCUUCAUGAAGACCUCAUCCUCUCGGCUCCAGCAGUAAAAUAUCAAGUAGAGCUGACAAUGAUUUGCGACCAAGCCUAUGAGAACUACAAGCUAACAAGUCGUCAGAGAAAAGGUGUCAUUGAUCCCACAACUUUCUACAGAGUCAGAACUGAGUACCAAAGUGAAUUUAAUCGCUUCUGGAACAUGAAUAAAAGUGGGUCGAUAACUUCUAAAACCAUUCAGAUCUUGGAGAAAGGCAAUAGGAUCUUGGAGAAACACUUGGACACGUUCAUCCGUGAUGGACUCUGCCCCAACAAGUGUGGAUUUCUCAAAAGAAGAUUAAUUGACUGCCUUACCUGCAAAUUCAAGACGUACAUCUGCCCCUCUCCAUCCGGUCAGCCCAACUGUGGUGAAAACCCAGUGCAAGCAGAAGAAGGAGGCCAGGUGGUGUUCAGCUGUUACCAACCAUGGCAUUAUCUUAUUUCAGGAAAACCAGAAUACUACUACUCCUGGGCCCCGGUACUCCCAGGAACCAAAAAACUAAAUGAAAGUGACUUUGUGCCCUUGGUGGUGACGCAUGACUCCUCCGUGGUCUUAAAUCAGCUGCAACUGGAUGAACAGGGAACCUAUCGCUGCUCCCUGCAGGAGGAAAACAGGACCAUCUUUUACCAAGUUACCUUCCUCCUUACAGUCACUCCUUUGCCUUGCCAGACUCUCAGAUCUUUUGUCACCCUGCCCUCGCUACCGUAUGGAGACAGCGACUCACCCCUCCAGCCCACAGAGGCCCGGCUGGUACCAGUCAUUGCCAUGGCUGCUGCUCUGAGUCUGAUCGUGAGCGUAGGCCUCACAGUUGCUCUGGGAUUGAUAAGGACCCAGAAGAGAGAAGCCAACAACCUAAGACGGAGAUGGAGGAACGUGACAGAAGAUACAGAGAAUAACGCAUUACAACUGUGAGACGUGUUCCGCCUGAAUGAAGUGAUGCCGCUGUCACAUGGCUGAUUAGGAGAGGAUUCAGGGAGAGGGUAAAUCUCAUAGAUUAGUGUUUUUCAGAGAUUUAUAACCCCAGCCAUCAAAUUAAUCCUGGAUUAUCCGCCCCUAUUGGGAGGGAGAGGGAGAAAAGCAAACAGCAGAUGUUUUAAUCAAAGUUUUUGCUGAUGUUUACUCGCUCAUACUUGUUCUUAUAGCUCUGAAGUCAGUACUCUUAUUCUACAUUUUGAUGACACAAGUUGUUAAAAAAAAUACAAAAAGUACCAAAUGAUUCUAA